AUUCUGUGCAGGUGGGUGCGAUGCUUUGCCCACAGAUUAAAAACCCCAUCGAUCUGAUGGACAGAAGACAGCUGCCAAGCUGUAUGAAGCGAGACUUGGGAAUCCACUGCCUGUCUUCAAUUAUUCCAGAUAUGGACUUGGAGCUGCAGCAAGCAUAUGGAUCUGCAGGGAGAGGCCCUGGUGUGGGUGCAUGGAUGCCUCUCUUCUGCCUGGUUUGCUGUCGCUGCGUGGUUUUCAGUCUCCUCAGCCAUGCCUGAGGAUUUUUGCUGGCUUCUCUGCUCUGCUGCCUCCCUCCAGUGGCUGUGCUCUGGCUCUCCUGCUCCAGGUCCUGGUGCACAGCAAAGCGCAGCGCUGUCAGCUGCUCCUGCCAGCAUCACUAGGGCUGUUGGUGAGCACUGCUGUCCUGGGGACACGGAAAUGGCUUUGCUGUAGCUGCCCUUUGUGCAGAACCUGAGGGCAUCUGAGUGUUCUGUGCCCCAUUUCCAGGGCAUCGGGUGCACGGGUUUUUAAGAAGCACUUCCUUCACAGAGUGCAGUCAGGCAUUGGAACGUGCUGCUCAUGGCAGCGGUGAAGUUCCAGUGGAGGUAUUUAAGGUACGGGUUGACAAUGCACUGAGGGAUGUGGUGCAGUGUUGGGACUCAGUGAGUCAGGCUGAUGGCUGGAGCCAUCGAUCCUGAAAGUCUUUUCCAGUCCAAAUGAGGUUGAUUCUAUGAAUCAAUGGCUUUCUUGGCCGGAGCCAUUUUCCUCCCCCAGCCUCUUCCUCUUCUGACCCUUUUACUGCCUCCUCUUAUCAUUUCACCACUCUGCUUCCCUCCAUCUCUCUUUCUGUUCUUCUUCCCCAAAUUCUCUUCUGUUUUCUCUCCUCUUUGCAUACCAACCACACAUACCAGGAGCAUUCCUCCUGCUUUUUGGUUUGCUUUGCUUUUCAUUUUUUCCCCUUGCUCUGGCUGGCUUUCCCUACUGUGAUCCAUUCCCUGCUCCACUCCAUAUGUGUUCCCAUUGCCAUUCCCACUCUUAGCCACAGAGAGCCCUUUCUCAGCACGCAGGGAGCAGGGCAUUGUGUUUAUUAUCACUCCACGUUCAUCUAGGCACUCGUGCAUGUGAUGCAUCCCGUGCGAUGGCAUCUUUCUGAGAACUGUAAUUCUGAGGCUUGUUUCCGGAUUUUAAAAUACUCAAUCUGCAAAGGCAGUUCCCCGUGUUUCCUGCUUGCUUUUGCCAAAGCCCUUGAGAUUUCAAGAGAUUAUCUCAGCCAGUUCUUCAUGUUUUCAUGGUAAGUAACUCCAUGUCUUGCAUGCUUCUUUAUUGGGGUCUUCCUUGGCUCUGGCUUGCUCCUGUGUGCCCCUUCUCUGUUGGAUCCCUCCAAGCUCAGGUGUGAGAUGGAGGCAGCAUUCUGAAUGCCUCCACUUCCUCCAGGUCACAUCUUUGUGGUUCUUCCUCCUGGUUAAGCAAGAGGCUAAGCCUUCUCUUUGCCUUCCUCUUGUUUCAGAUGCAGUUACACAAGCAGAGAACCUUUUGCAGUCUUCCUCGGUUUUAACUCAUUUUGUGCCUUUACAAUUUAGCAUCCCGGUCACUUUUUAAGUAUCACCUCCUGAGAGCACAGGAACAGGAGGUCAAGAAGGUGAGCAGACGGCCAGCAUUCAUCCCAGGGUACUAAGAUGUCACUGCAGGACCUCUCUCAGUUAUUUUGCAAUGAGAAGGGUAAGCUGAUGGGUCAGAUCUGAAGGGUUAUCGCACAUGGGGUUCCAGCAGGCUGGUGGCCAGUCACUGGGGGGGUUCCUCAGGGCUCCAUUUUAGGGUCAGCUCUCUGGCACUGAGGCAGCCUGUUGGCAAUGCUCGUAAGGCAGGGUUCUUGGUAGUCGGAGCUCACUGUUUGCCCACGGCCACCUUGGUGCCCAUCAGGACAGUUUGUUGUUCACAUCAGCUUGAUGGACACGGUGUCGGGACAAUAUUCAGAGACUUACAGAAGAAAGAUGAGAAGGGACAGGUCGUUCUGGCAAGACUACCUGAUGUAAGAUGCUGAUGUGAAACUAAACGGGAGAAAAUGGCACUUGGGAGGAGGGUAGGAGGGAGCACAGCGAGCGCUGCUCUCCCAGGGCCACGUCUGCUGGCAAAAAGUUAACACAGCCCAUGGUCAGCUGGAGAAUCACUUCCUCUGCUGGAUCUGUUCCUUGCUCGGAAAGGGCUCCGGGGUGAGGGGAAUGGGGAAGUCCUUCCUCCUGUGCCCAUGGGGUGUGCAUUUCACCCCUCUGUGCCGGGGACUGGGAGCGGUGGGGUGGAACCAGCAGCACACGUGGCAGGCUGUGGUGUGUCUGUGUCAGAGCCCAGGGCACGUGCCUGAGACAAGACCAUAGAUGGAAUCAAGCAGCAGAGCGAGGGGAUAAAGCUGGGCAGAAGCUCGCUUUGGGAUCCCUAGCUGAGAGUGAACCUCGGCGUGAAAAAGGAACUGCCUGCGCUGGUGCUGGGAGGAUGCAGCCUCCACCUCUCCACCGCACGCGAUUUGGAUGCUGGAGGUCUUCUGGAGCAGUGGCCAAAGAAGCAGCCAUGAGCAUCCUGGUGGUGAAGGGCGUCCUGCCCCUGCUGCUUCUUGCCUGGCCGCCCGCUGGACAAACGACUUCCGUGUCCUUAGGGUCAGAUCUCACUUUUCACUGUCUGCCAAACAGCCCUGACAGGGAGGUGGUGUGGUGUGACACCUUAAGCAAGAAGAAGAAGGCAGAGAAAGACACAGGGUCUGCUCUACACAAGGAAAAUGUUUCUUCCAACUUCACCUUUACAAGCGUAAAUGAAAAGCAUGCUGGAAAUUACACGUGCAAGAUGAAGACCUCAUGCACCAUUCCCGAAAACAAGAACCGCCCAUGCAAGAACCACAAGGCCAAAGAUGCUUGUGGCAAGAGGAACUUGCUGUGCAGGUUCAUGCUCUGGGCAGAGAAUAAGACCAUGCACGUGCAGUGGUGGACAUGCCCAGAGACUCCUGAUAACUGCUUGGAGCACAGCAAGGCACAGCACAGUGACAGCCAUGGCAGCAUGGACGCAGCCAGCGCAGAGCCCGUUGUGUGCACCGUAUCCAGCAGAAGCUUCACAGGCACUGAAAAUGCCACCCAAGGGAUGGCUCCCAGCUCUGACCCCAAGACUUCUCCGACCCGUGAGCCUCAGAUUCAGAAAGGUCUCAUAGCAAUCAUCUACCUGUACGCCAUCCCCGGGUUAGUGGUUGUGACUUUUUUCCUCCUGCUUUGUAUUUUGGUGUGCCUGUGCAGAAGAAAGCAAAAGGAUGCUAAAGGAACUCCUGAAAGCAAGCAUGCAGCAGAGAUGAAUCAGCUCAGCACGCCUCCCCCAGCACCUCAGACUGAGGACCUGACGUAUGCAAAGCUGAUCUUUGAAAGGACGGGGGCAAUACCUGCAGCCUCAGAAGUGGUGUACGCAGAAAUAAAACCCCUGCAAAAGGAGUAGAGAGCUGAGGAUGGCCACGCUGCUCUGCAAAGGGAAGGUCUGUCAGCAGGAAGAGUGAGAAAGGAGAGACAAGCAGCUGCUGAUAUGGCUGCCAUAGCUUGAAAACCUGGCAUUAGCUCUUAUCAGGUGCACUGGGUGAUGGAUAUGAGCAGUGUUCUUCAUUUCCUCAUUGUGUCUACAUCCAGCAUCCGCUGCAAUGGAUUUGGCUCUGCUCUGAUUCACACACCUGAAAAAUGACAAGCAAAGAUACAAAGGCAUCAUUUGCUGUGGAGAGAUCCAGGAUGGAUACAGCCAAAGCCCACCAGUGACCAGCUGCCAGCCUGAUGGAACCCCAUUCAGUCUCUGAGCCUGGCAAGCCAGCCAGUUGCUCACCUAUAAUGUUGUAUUUCUUGCUAGCUGUAUGCUGGACGUUUUGUCUGGAAGGAAGCAGUGUCAAAAGCUUUACUGAAACCCAAAAAGUGAACGUUGACUGGCUUCACUUGGUCAACCAGAUAGGUGGCCUUGUUGUAUAAGGAAAUCAAGUUAAUCCAACAGGACCUAGGUAAUAUAUAUAUGUGUGUGUGUGUGUCUCUCUCUCUCUCUAUAUAUAUAUAAAAUAUCUUUUCUCUCUUCCUUUUUUCUUAGUGAACAGUUUGUAUCUUAAUUCACAAUCUCUACUUUGUUUGCUGUGUUUUUUUUCACCCCUGGGUGCUGGAUGAAGGUUGUCACUUUGCUGUGCUGUGUGGCCUUGGCUUACAACACGAUGAAAUUGCUGGCUGGGAUAGCAAUCAGGUGUUUGUGCUCUGCGCUGCAGCCAUCCUUGUGCUUUGGGAGCCAUAUUGUGGAGUAAGCAAAUGCUUUGUUUAUCUCCUUGGGAGGCAAUGGGAGAUGCUUUCUGUUGUUUCCUCAGCCUCUCUUUCACUUUUCCUUCUUCUCCAAACCAGUUACAAUAGCUCUCGAACGUUGAUUAUCCUUGGAAGAUCUGCUAUGUUACCCAG